GAGCAAUGUGAGGAACUUCGAAAGGAGCUUUUGGAUUCGGGCGAUAAGCUGCUUGUGCACUGCUUUGGCGGUGAUGAUUUCUACGCAACUGCUUGCAACAAUAAAUACAUUCAGGAUUGGGCGAAGAGUAUGCAAAACAAUAAAGUCAUGAUCAAGUUACGUGAUGGACUCUUACCGUACAAAGGCAAAGCAAAAAAGCCAGAAGCAAAUGAAGAUCAUAAUAUGGAAAUGCAAUCGGAAGAGCUAACUGGCCCAAGUAUUGUACCAAGUGUACCAGCACCACUUAAACCGGAAGCAAAUGAAGAUCAUAAUAUGGAAAUGCAAUCGGAAGAGCUAACUGGCCCAAGUAUUGUACCAAGUGUACCAGCACCGCUUAAAACUGAAACUCGAGAGAGCAGCUCAAGCGAUGGUUUUGUUAUUGCUGGAGGCUCGAUACAGACUGAAACUCGAGAGAGCAGCUCAAGCGAUGGUUUUGUUAUUGCUGGAGGCUCGAUACAGAGCUCCAUGAAAACUCGUCCGACAACUGCCGUCAAUUCUCGAAAUGUUCUUUCGGUACCACUGGAAUAUCUUGCCAGUUUCAGCAGCAAAUAA